AUGUCCGCUUCCGUCCCGUCGUGUCUGCCGCGCGCGAUCGCCGCCCUGCGCGGCCGCGUCGCGCGCGUCCGCGCGCUCUCCUCUUCUUCGCCCGUCGCCGCCGCGCGCGCCGCCCUCUUCGCUCGCCCGGCGUCGACGCUCUCGACGACGUCGCCGACGACCGCGCCGCGCGCGCGCCGUCGUCGCGUCGUCGUCCGCGCUCGCCCGUCGGACAACGAGUGGAACGUCAGCGCCGCCGCCGCCGCCGCGGGAGGCGGCGACGGCCCGGGAAGAAGCGCGGACACCGCGGACGCGCGCGCGGAGCAGCUCGCGGACGACGCCGAAGAAGCUCCGAGGAAGAAGAAGCUCAGCGACCUGUCGAAAUUUACUUCGGCGCCGGCGGCGGCAGCGAGCCCGGAGGAGAAGGCGCGCGUCGACCCGCAGCUCGCGGACGACUCCGAAGACGAGGACCAGGACGUCAUCGCGGUGAGCUUCUCAAGCGCGGACGAGGACCCGGACGCGCUGCUGAUCGUGGACGAGACCGCCGAGGACGCCGCCGCCGCCGCCGCGGAGGAGGCGGAGAGAGGAGGAGAAGCCGGAAAGCCGACGCCGCCGAGGGUGGGCGAAGAAGGUACGGCCGCGGCCAAGGAGGCGUCCGAGAGACGCGUCGCCGCGAACCGCGACCGACCGAUCGUGGCGCGCGUCCUGGUAGAAUACGGCUGGAAAGCGGAGCCGGACUACCAGGACCGAUCGCCUUCCGCGUACUUUCGCGGCCAGACCGGGUACAGCAAGUUUUACCCUCCCGAGGCGAGGGAUUACGUGUACGCGCGACAUCUCAUGGUCGCCGUAGACGGCACGAAAGAGAGCGAGCGCGCGGUCGAGUUUACCGUCGAGCACCUCUGCCGCAGCGGCGAUCUUCUGCACCUCAUGCACGUGUCGGUCGAUACGCCGCCGCUGCCGACGUCCACCACGGGGGCGCCGAACAUUAUCGCGGGGCUUGAACCACAGAUAGGGACCUCCCACCACGUCCACACGCCCGCGCCUCCGCGAUCGAAAUCGGAAUCUUCGUCGUCGCGAGCGUCGUCGUCGGAACUCGAAGACCCGCGGCUUCCGUCGUCCGAUCCCCUUCCUAAACGCGGGGAGAGUUACGACUGGCACGAUUCCCCGCUUCGCGGCUGGAGUUCCACACCAAACGUGUGGAGCGACGUCUCGGACGCGGACGCGUCGCCCGCACCGCCGGAAGGCGGUCUGUGGGAGACGCGUCCGAUGUACGACGACACCUGGGCGCCGAACUGGUUGCGACAGUCGCGAGUGCGUCGCCCGCUCGUCGUCGCCCGCGAUGUUUGA